AGGAAUUAUUUUAAAAACUGUGUGUACUACUUCUCCUUUUUUUAAGUUAGACAAAAUGGGGAAAAGGUUUUUGAGUAAAAAGAUAAUUCUUUAAAAAUUCUGCAAUAGAUUUUCCAUCUAAAAUUGAACUAUAAUAUUUAUUUGGUUAUUUUGAACUUAAUUAUUUUUUAAAAAUGACCAUGUUAUAGACUUUGUUUAUAUGGAGCCACAUGCCAAAAUGCGGAGUGUCAUUAUUUUCCUUUAAUUUGUCAUGGAAAGUACUAUACAGACUCCAGGAAAAGUUAGGAACAUUUAUAUCAUUUCGAGGUCGAUUUAUGAAACAAAAACAACUAUUAUAGUUUGCUAACCGUUUCUUUUUUUGUUGAUUGAAUACUUUAAAACUUAAGCAUAUUGACAGUUUUACUUCAUUUUUAAUUCGAGUAUUAACGCGGAUCGGAAUGUGAGUGAUUUUGUAGAUCACUGGCUCAAACUGUGUUAAGAUUAGGCAACACCUGCACCAUAUUUCUGAUGGCAUUCGUGUUGACUGUGUGUGCAAUGUUUGCCAGUGACCAAGAGUGGUGGCUGUAUUUGCUACGGGCAUGAAGAACUACAAUACACCAUUUUCUUAAUAAGUUCAGAGAUUUUAACUUGGAGAUCGACUGAGUUAUCGAAGGAAUACGGAAUCAUUCUUUGAGUAUUAUGAGGUGAUAAUUUAGGUCGUACACAAAUCCAUUAAAGCCCUCAGCCCCUCGGACUUUAUUGGAUUUGACCACGCCCCGACCUGAAUUGUUACCUCAUAAUAAUGAAAAAAAUCCUUAUUAUGUAUAAAUCCAGAUUUUACAGCACGCCAAUUGCCAUAUACAUUUAUGUUGCCUUUCCUAUUGUUGUCGUGGUAUGUGGUCCUUUCGGAUUGUUGUCCUGUUGUGUACAGUGUUUGUGACCUCUGGAGUCACGUUUGAGUACCGGAUUCGAUGUCCUGAUACUGCAGAAAAAUGGCGAGAGAACUCGGAAAGCUAUAUUUGUGACGGCGACACCGUGUAUCAUUGUAUGCAAAACAGAGAGGGGCGUUAUGUGGUCUUCUGUGCCUCCAGCAUUUGGAUACAACCAGAUUACUGUCCUGAGUUUAACAGCCGGGCGUCUGCCAUUGAUGUGAUUCUGUGCCCAGGGGACCCAGAAAGAUGUCCAGAGACCGUGUACCUGUCAAAUGCAGUAUACCAAUUUCCAAGUUGCUAUCGACCAGAAAGCAGCUUCAGAAUAACUACACUUUUACCAGCAACCGCAAAAACAACAACUUGGAAUCCAACCUUGAGUACCAAUGUUUCACAAAUUCCAAGAGUACACAAUGAAAACGAUGGGUCCGUCAGAGGGAUGGUGGUAUCUAUCAUUAUAGGAGUCAUCGUUCCUUUUGCCGUUUUAGGUUUUCUUUGUUUCUGUUUUAAACAUAGAAAGAGAGAAACCAGCAAAGCUAUUCCAAAGUAUGAACUCAACAUGCAACCAUUAUUUAUAGAGGAGGAAACCUCUUUACUCAAAUCUGAGGACGACAGACAUACUGAGAAUCAAGAGAUUUUUAAAGUUGAUGAACAAACAAACAGUGAAAUUAAAGAUACUAUUGGAGAAAAAAAACCUGAAGAUUUAUUUUGCAAACCAAAAGACUAUAACAAAGUAGUUGAUACUAUAAAAAGUGACGGCGUUACACUGCUUAUUGGGAAAUCUGGAAGCGGCAAAACAACCAUGGCAAGCUUCUUAGCAAAGACCGAGUUCAAAGAAUACAAAACUACUUACAUGAAACCUAAAGAAACAAACGUUCCGAAAGUAAAUAAAGAAAAAACGCUCAUUCUAUGGGACGACUGCUUAGGUGUGUGGAAUACGACAAAUAGGACAGAUGACCGAGUGUUUGAGUCUUUGAUACGACUGAUUCAGUUAGUGAAAGAUAACUCUGAGAAGAUGAAGGCUAUUGUUUGUAUUGACAGUUCAUCCGUCGAUGAAAAUCAAUUAAACAAGUUAAAAGAUGAUGUAUUUUGUUCAGAUUUAGACAAAUCCUAUGAAUCACAAUUGGAAAAGGAACAUUUUAGAUAUUCUUUAAAUCUGAAAAUACCAGUUGUAAGAGUUUCUGCGGAUGUUGGUUUCCCCUUACUCGUCCAUUUAAUUAAAAUAGGAUUUUGCGCUCAAGAGGAGAGUUCUUCUUCAAGGCUUUUAGAGGAACCAGUCGCUUAUAUACGUGAUGACAUUGACAGUAUUUUAGUUAAACAGAGUGAAGAUUAUGUAACGUUAAUCUAUGCUAUCAGUAACAGUUCAACAAUUCAUUUGAAGAAAACUAAUAGAAAAUUAUUGUACAAAAUACAGAGAGAAUGUCAUGGGAUUUUACAUAGAAAGACUGGCGACACACAUCCAUCAAGCGAUUCAGAAGCGGAGGAAAACACAACUGAAGGGACUUGUGAAAAAGCUGAUCAUAAUAGGAAUAUAAACAAUGAUUCUACAGAAGGAAGUCGUGAGGAAGUUGGGUCUGAAGGAAGUGAAAACCUAAAACUAAAUAACAGAACAAGUUUUUUUGAUAAAAUACAAGUUAAAGGUACAGAAAAGGGUAACGUAACCAAACACAUGAAAAUUCAUAUUACUGACAACUUGCUGAGAUAUCUUGUUGUAAGUGAUGAAACAUCCGUAUACAAGUUUCGUCAUCGGUUCCUGGCCGAGUGUAUUCUGCGCUAUCACAUCGAACACGUAGGGAGAGAAACUGUACUGAUGGAGGGCCCCGAGGAAGUACGAACGGCUGUUGAACAUCUAUCAGAAAUAUAUCAGGAGCAAUCAAAUAAUACUUCAUGUUGAAUUGUUCUUAUUAAUUGUUGUAAUUGAUCAACGAAAUCUAAUAUAUGUUUUCACUUCACAUUAGUUAAGAUUAAUACCUGUGCCUUUUUUGUCCAUUAUAAGGUCAUUAUUUCUUAUUAGUAAAGAAGAAAAUGCAACAAUAUACUCAAAAGCAGUGUAAUUCAGAUGUGGAUUCUUAAGAAUUCCAAAGAACUUGUAGAAAAUUUAAAAUCCUAAAAAUUUACUACAACCAAUAGCAACAAAACAUAUGUCUUUUCUACACUUUAUACAACCAACCCUACGAUAAAUCAAAGUCCAGGCUUAAAAAAAAAUGGAUCACGUAAAUUUUUCUACCUUGUCAUCAGUCAUUUGCAAAACUAUUUUGCUAAAAACCAUUUGAAUCGUUCACAGCAGUACUCUCAAGUAGACAUGAAAAAGAUGCUUGAGUUUCUGAUAGACAACAUCUAUGUUGUUUUAUGGAAAUUAGAUCUUCCAAAAAUAUGUUGGAAUUCCCAUGGGUACCAACUGCGCCCCACUGUUAGCAGACCUAUUUUUGUAUGUAUAUGAAGCAGAAAUUAUUCAAAAACGUGUACGUGAAAAUAAUAAAUCACUCACUAUGGCAUUCAGCUCAACAUAUAGGUAUAUCGACGACUUAUUGUGAAUUAACAGUUGUUACUCUCCUACCUACGUAGAAUCGAUAUAUCCAAGUGAACUUGAAAUAAAAAAAAAUAC